AAAAAACAUUAAUCACUACUUAUAACAAGAACUUGCUUUUCAACUUUCUAAAACAAAUCGUGUCGUUCAUUUCUACCGUGAAAACAACUUAGGCGGCCACCCAGUUGCUGUACAUUUCUCGCGGUUUCUCGCCUUACAGAUGGGAACCCCAGAGACUUCUCGUGAACCUUGUCCAGACCGUAUACUUGACGAUGUUGGUGGAGCCUUUGGCAUGGGUGCUGUUGGAGGUGCAGCCUACCACUUCUUGAGAGGCACCUAUAACUCGCCAGCAGGUGAGCGUUUAGUCGGAGGGGUUCAAGCAGUUAGAAUGAAUGCUCCUCGUGUCGGUGGCAGUUUUGCUGUUUGGGGUGGUCUUUUCUCCACUUUUGAUUGCACAAUGGUCUAUCUUCGUCAGAAAGAGGAUCCUUGGAACUCUAUAAUAGCUGGUGCCGCAACUGGGGGUUUCCUCAGUAUGCGUCAGGGACUUGGUGCCGCCUCCCGGGCAGCAGCUUUUGGGGGAGUGCUACUUGCUAUGAUCGAGGGAGCUGGAAUCAUGUUGAAUAAGCUCAUGAGUGCACCCCAGAAUCUUCCUCCAAUGGAAGAGGCUAUGCCGGCUAACAUGGGUGGCAUGCCCCCGAUGAUGGGUCAUAUUCCUAAUCAACCUCAAGUAAACAUGGGUGGUAUGGGAUCAUCAUCAACGACGCCAGACUCAUCUUCAUCAUCAUGGUUUGGAGGGCUGUUUGGUGGCGAAAAGCAGCCAGAGACCACCCAAAACAGCGGUGCGAAGACACAGGUUUUGGAAAGCUUUGAUGCUCCAAACCCGCCUUCCUUUGAAUACAAAUAAUUUGCAACCAAAGCUUUGUCGCCAAUUUUCUGUCUGGAUUUGUAGCAUUUUGGAAUCGAUAUAAGAAGUUAUAUUUCAGUUCAUAACGUGUACUGUUUCCUUGUGUUAUUGAAUAGGUUUAGCAUGUAGGUUUAGUUCAUAAUGUAUGAAUGAAGCAAGUUACUUUGAUUUCAUUUAAAUCUCCAUUCUCCACUUUUAAGUUCUAAAA